ACCUCAGACACGUCGUGCUUACAACUUAACCAUUUCAAUCGCAAAAGCUUUAAGAUGCAGCAGACUUCCCGGUGGAUUGUACACCCCUCCUCAGCCUCUCACCUUCCCUUUAGUGUUUAAACAAUGAGGAAACCCUUGGCGUUAAUCGUGUUAUAGGAUAUCUGUUCGUCCCCCAAACCAGUUUCUGUCCAUUAUUCUAACGGCUACUGGUUUGUUUGUGUCGCUUCCUGACGCUUUGGUUACUGAAUCUCAAAACAGUGUAUGAUUAAGAGGCGCCGGUGAUUAUUAACCACAACAAGCGACAUCAUUAAAUAAAUGUUAACCAAAGAACUCCACCCGAAGUUGUGUCUUUACAGGGUGGGAACUCCGGGAUGUUUGCUUUUCCUUCUCUCCUUACACUGCACUGCCUGGUAUUUCUCUUCAACAUUUAUGUUCAAAUAGAUAGACAUUUAAUGGGGUGUUAUUUUCAGAUCUAGUUGAAGUUCGAGUCCGGUCCCAUGCCAGGUCUGUGAGAACUUGCUGACUUUUAACCCAUUUGACAUUUAUAACCACAGUAUGUAAAUGUCCUGUGAGUUUGCCAACCAAAUGCACACUUUGUACAUUUGUACAGCUAAAUGCAUAAAGUACUUAUUUAAAAAAAAAUCGCACUUCAAACAGAGACUGAAAACAGAAUCACUCUAUCAGUUCUUCCCCGUGUCCAAGUAUCUGCCCUUUUCCCAAACAUCAUGGGUCUCCAAUAUUUGUAUAAUCACUAAGACGGACAUGCGCACUCGGUCACACUGCUUGUGCAAAGUGGUGCAUGUCAUUUCUGUUGACGUUAGUGAUAUUUUGUUGACUUUAGCAUUAGUGUCGGAGCUUUUCUAACAAACGCGAAAAUAGAAAAGAAAACUUUAAAAACCGAGUAUAAAGGCAAAGAAUACUAACUAAACCUCGCCUCUCCAGCUUCCAGCGACAGGUGUGCUGACAGCCCAGGGUGUUGGUGCAAUAACAGGAAGCUUAGGCAGGUUGAUAUGGUGCACGCCAUGGAGACCAUCAACACAUCUUUCUUGACUGACUCAGAGAGGGAGCGUAUUUUAGAGGUGCUGAAUCGGGACAAAGAGCUGAGACGGUUAGAGGAACAUCGGGUGAAGAGACUUAAAGCAGAGUUGUUAGACAUCAGAAGGAAGGGAGCAAAGCGCAGCAGUGGCAAAUACAAUGAGAAAAGCUGUGGACGCUGUCAGGAGCCUUUGGGUCGUCUGGCUGCCAACUCCAGCCAGUGCCCAGUGUGCAAACACCAAGUGUGCCGAAACUGCCGCACUGCGCAAGCCAAAGGGUUUUGGCUGUGCAAUGUGUGUGCCAAAGAGACAGACCUAAAGAAGUGCACAGGCGACUGGUUCUAUGACCAGAGGGUUAACCGUUUUUCCACAACUCCUGGACAUGACAUAGUGCGAGCCUCACUCAGGAAGCGGCUCCCAACAAAGAAGCGUGAAACUGCAGGGGAGGUGCUGUUGAAUAGUCCAGAGUUAAACUCCAGCCAAACUUUACCAGUACCAAAGCCCAGACUGAAGGAUCUUGCUGUGGAAAACAAAAGCAGUGUUACUCUCAGCCAAUCCAGUGAUCAUCUGCAGCAGAGUGAGACAGACUUGACAGAGAAGGUCAGCCUCAGCAGUAGCCGUGCUGAAACUGAUACGAUCUCCACUACUCCUUCGACACAGAGGAACGAGGUGGUUAACACGUUGAGUGGGACUGAGUCAAGUGUGUCCCCUCCCAGUAAAACCCACAGUCCUUCGGCAUCCUCUGUUGACACCGAAACUUCAUCUUUAGUUCAUCAAAUUAAUAUUUGUCCGGAGUCCUUGAAUGAUGAUGAUGGCAUUUUCAAGAAGAGUGUUAGAAGAGUGCACAAAAUCUCAGAUUUUAAGCCAGCAUCUGUGAUGGACGUACGCAGUGACGGGAAUGAGAAUAACACGGCCUCCAUGGGAGACAGAAGCAAGUCAGUUCCAGGUCUAAACAUAGAUGAAGAGGAGGAGGAAGAGGAUAUUGAUAACUUGGUCAGCAUUCACAGAAAGACUGUUGGUGAUGGCAGUACCAGUCUGCGUGGCUCAAGUAGCUCUCUUGGCAGUAUGAUGAGUGUGUACAGUGAAGCAGGAGAUUACGAUGUUGUUGACGUCAGUGGAGACAUUGUCUUCUCCUUCCAAUAUGAUGAGAAAACACAGAGUCUCUCUGUUUUGAUCAAAGAGUGCAGAGGGCUGUCUUAUGGUGACACUGCCAAAAAGAAGUGCAACCCGUAUGUUAAAAGCUACCUCCUCCCAGACAAGUCUCGUCAGAGCAAGAAGAAAACAGCUAUCAAACGUAACACCAUCAACCCCAGCUACAAAGAGACGUUAAAGUACCCCAUCAGUCGCACACAGCUGAUGUCUCGUACCCUUCAGCUCUCAGUUUGGCACUAUGACCGUUUUGGGCACAAUGCUUUCCUUGGGGAGGUAGAAAUACCGCUGGACUGCCAUGACAUUGAAUCCGGUCGAGAGGAGUGUAUGACGCUCAGAGGAAAGACAGGCAACACUUUGGCAUGGUCAGCUUUUUCCCAGUAUAAAGGAGAAUUGGUGAUUUCUUUAAAGUAUGUCACCGAGAUGAAGGCAGCUGGGGAAAAGCCUCGAGGCAAAAAGGCCAAAGUCGAGGUUGGUGGAGAGCUUCAUGUUUUAAUAAAGGAGGCAAGGAAUAUUUGUGCAAUGAAAGCAGGAGGCACAUCCGAUUCCUUUGUAAAAGGAUACCUGCUGCCGUCAGCAGGCAAGUCAACCAAGAAGAAGACGCAAGUAGUGAAAAAGAUGGUAAACCCACACUAUGACCAUACGUUUGUAUACAAAGAUGUGUGCCUGGAGCAGCUAAAGGGCAUGUGUCUAGAGCUCACAGUGUGGGACCGAGAGGCCAUGUCCAGCAAUGAUUUUCUGGGAGGAGUACGUUUGAGCUCAGGGUCAGUGCGACUGAAGGAAGGGAAAAAGGAGUGGGUGGCUGACUCAACAGGAGAGGAAGUGUCUUUGUGGCAGAAGAUGAUGCAAUUCCCGGAUUCAUGGGCAGAGGGCAGUCUCCCCCUGCGUUCUUCCAUGGGCAAACGAAUGUAAAGGCUGACAUUGUGCCAGGAUUAGUAAGAAACACAUGGGUUGGUAUUGCAGAU